ACCCCAAUCAAGUUUGUUCGAUGCCAUUGUUGGCGAUAGUUUGGAUCCUUGGUGCCUCCUGCUUUAAUGCAGAUCGCACCUCGAUACUAGCUAGAACUGCCAAAUUAGUUUGCCUGGAGGGAACGAUAGACUACCGGAAGCAUCAUGAGCAAACGAAGGACCAACUUGAAGCUCAUGGGCUUUGGGCGGAACGAGAAUCCUUCUCCCACGGAACUCAAGAAGCGGUACAAACGGUUGGCUCUUAGCUUGCAUCCAGACAAGGGAGGAGUGAAAGAGGAUUUUCAAGCCAUGGUCCAUGCCUACGAGUGGUUGUGCGAUCAUUCUUGUGUUGGUCCGACCACGGGGAGUUCUGCCAACAGAAGCAGCAGCAGCACAACCUCACAACCUGAGGAAGACGGCGAAGAAGAACACGAUCGAGAGGAAUCAGACCAUGAGUACACGUAUGCCGAGCACUACAGCUAUUGGCAGGAUUUCUUCCACCAUUCCUCAGACCAUCAACGAUCAGACCGUGAAAAUCAAAAUGACGACAACGACGACUAUUUCGAGACAACCUUUGAUGGAUGGCACGAACGAGCCCGACAGCGAGCUCGGCAAAGACGACAAGACAUCAAAGAUAAAUAUGAUUGGCGAGACACAAAAUUCAAGAAACGGCUGCAGCCACCGGCCUCUCCAAAGAAUGUCAUGACAACCACACAACAAGGAGAAGAAUCCUACACUAAUGGUGCUUGCAUGUUCUGUGGCGUCAACUAUGGCAUUCAGCCAUCUGUGGCCGAAGAAUGGGGUUUGAAUUGGGCCCAGUACGUUCGCCAUUCCAGUCAAUACCGAACCUGCUGGGCCUGUCUCAAGGAUCAUACCAGUGUCCUUACCAAAAAGAUGGCCAUGAAAAAGUUUGCCCGCAAGCUGGAUCCAGCAACCAUGCUGGAAAAUGGCCAAUCGUACCCAGCACCAGACUUUUUUAGAAUGCUACAACGACAACACAAGACGUUUCAUUAUCAACCCGUCGUUAAAAAUGAGGAGGGAGAAAUGAUUUGUACGCGCAACUCGGAGUACUACUGGUACCCCGAUUUGGAAGCCGAAGCCUUGCGGAGGGGAUGGAAGCCACGGGGAUCCACAAAGUUCGAGGUGCCGUGGCAACGCAAGGACCGGACACUGUCGCUCGCCAUUAUACCCGUCGUCACACCCCAAAAGAAGAAACAACGAAAAAAGCGACAAGGUAGUUUUGCGAAAAACGAGGAGAAAAGGGGGGCACGACGGGCGCUGCAAUUGCAAGACGAAGCAUCAGGUGACACUACCGGUAGCGAGGAUAAGACUGGAGGGGAAAAUGAUGGUAUCGUCGGGAAACAUGAUAAAGUUAGCGGGGAAGAAUCGUCCCACGUGGGUAGGGGAGACUGGAGGUCAUCCUGUGCACUAGACUAUUAGCGAGGGUUGUUAGUUUGGAAGCCAGUGUGGGGUCUACAAUGUCCAUAGCAUCUAUGGCCCAACCUGGUUGCAUUGAUCACCCAGUCUCGAAAUUCUGGUGGUUUUUAUGACAAAAGCGCAUCCUCUGAUGCUGAAUAAAGUAUUCAUGGAGAUUGCAAGGCUGCAACUGCUGUUCUGGAAGUCAACUUUGUCUAAAGAUCUUAAAAGAGGCGGCACCGUGCAGUCAAUCGCUGCGGGGGUUCAAAGAAAAUGUGCUGUACAGUCGU